UCCGCUCGUGGUUUUAUUUCGGGAGCAAUCACCCUGUUUCAUCUUCUUUCUUUGUUUCUUUCCUCCAUCCUUCUCUCAUUCAAGAAACCGAUGCCAGAAAUUUUCCUUCCAACUUCUCCAAGCCAAAAUGGAUGACGGUUUCAGGACUAUUCCGGCCUCGCUGCCGGAUAGCGCAGUCUCGGUCAAGGAUCCGGGAGGCUUCGCCGGUCAUGAGGAGAGCUCAAAAAGGGCAGUAAAUUCUAUAUCCACUGAAUGGACUGAUGAGAAGCACAAUCUAUAUCUCAAUUCCAUAGAAGCGUCAUUCACUAGUCAAUUAUGCCGCAAUGGACAUCAUUCAAAGGAUUCGCUUGGUUGGCUGCCAAUGCUAACACCGAAACACCCAAAGCCAGCAGGAUCAAAUUGUAACAGCCUGCUCUCUGGUCAGGUUCUGCGCAAGGGCUGUUGGGAGACACUUAAUUAUGAAAGGACUAGGACUCAUGCUGACAUUGAGAAAGAAAUUCAUCUUCUAUCUGCAAAUCCAUGGAUCCAGCAUUUUAAAUCACCUAUCAUUGGCAGGGAGGUACAUCUCAUGUUAACAGAUCAAAUGGAUAAUAAUGAGUUGGCCAGUCAAGCAAGACACUUUGAAAGUCAGAGGCACAAAGGAGAAUCAACAACUGCAGAGCAAUUUCAGGCUUGGGGUUCUCAGAUAUAUCGUCAAGAUUCUGUUGGAAGCAACACAGAGGUAUCCGAUCAGAACUUUGUGGAUAAGGAUUCUGAAGGAGAAAAGUUUGGUGGAUCUAGCAGGAGGAAGAGAGUGAGAAACUGAAGUCACUAAUGACUUGAUCAAAGAUGAGUAGUUUGAUCAGGUAAAUCAGUUCAACUACCAACUUUCCAUGAUAAUUCAGCUAGUAUCGAAGGAAAUGAUGCAGAACAUGGCAACAGGAAGCCCCAAGGCACAGUUGACUUCAAUUGGUAAAUAGGCAUGUAUUGUUUGAAGACCAGAAGCUGAAGUGUGAUGGUUUGGAUCCUGAUGAAGUAAAAGAGGAUAAUAGCAAUAAAUCACGUUGAGACGUUCACCUCUUAGUCUGUAAAGGUGAGUAUGAAUGAGAUCUGGAUACGUUAAAAGACUAGAGAAGACCUGCUGUUUAAGAACUACCAAAUUGUCUGAAGCAAUUUUACUUUUUAUAUUGUAUCACAAUGAUUCCUCAAAAAGAAAAAGCUAUGAUGCUAUCUUGUCGUAGUUGCAGUAUAUA